ACACUGGCAGUGGUAUGAAAAGGGCCGCCGAAGACCAGUUACAGUUGGCCGCGAAGCGUCGCAAGAGCCGUUGGGGGGAUCAAGUGAAAGAGGAGAGCAGUACGACUCAUCCUGGGCCAUCUAUUCAGGGCCAUCUGCAGCAUCAGUUGCACGGGAAGGGUUUACAUCAGACCCAGGGUCCACCACGGCAAGUCGCUCCCACAAAGCUGACCUCCAUCAGCCGCACCGAUCCGGCAUUGUUGGCCUACGCACGGCAGAACUUUGGCAGCACCAAUCUAACGGAGGAAGAGUGGAAGAAGGCAGAGGAUCAUUACAAAAUCAAUUUGCUGUUCCAGGAUAUGUUGCGAAAGCGCCAAGAGAUCGACCGGUUAGCCAAUACCGGUCGAUUUAAGUAUGCUUACGAUUCCGACGAGGAUACAACCGGAGGCACCUGGGAGCAUAAGCUACGUAUGCAGGAGAUGGAAGCAACACAAAAGUGGGCAAACGAACUGACGAGGCAAUCCGAAGGGAAGCACCACAUAGGCGAUUUUCUGCCACCGGAAGAGCUUCGAAAGUUUAUGGAAAAGUAUGACGCGCAGAAGAACAAUCGUCAGCCAAAUUUAAGUGAUUACAAGGACUAUAAGCUACGUGAGGAUAACGUAGGUUACCAGAUGCUGCAGAAGUUGGGUUGGAAACAGGGCCAAGGAUUGGGAGCAGAUGGAAGUGGCAUAGUCGAUCCGAUUAAUAAAGCGUCACAACGGGACAACAACCAAGGAUUGGGAAUCAUCGCUCCGGACAACCCAGAGGUGAACGAUAACGAGUACGACGCGUAUAGAAAGCGGAUGAUGUUGGCAUACCGCUUUCGCCCGAAUCCGUUGAACAAUCCUCGUCGGGCGUACUAUUAGGGACAUCUAAGCUGCUUUAACUAAUCCAAAUAUGUUUGAUGUACCAUCUUCUGCCUCCUUUUUCUCUCUCGCCACGCAGAUGUUGUAAUGAUACUAAGGUCUAAGGCGCCGGGAUUAGCUAAAAACUGGAUGAACAAUUCCAUCAUCGGUCUGUAGAUCGAGCUUAGUUAUCAUCAAUGAAUGAUUGAUAGCAAUAAGCAAAGCAUCUUCUUGAUUUGUUUGUGUAACUGCACCUUGCAUUGGCUACCUUUUCUGCUGAGUUGCGUUGUUCUGAGGACACGAUUUUCCAAAACAGAUCUCUUUUUGAAACCGCCUUCCGCCGUUUCCGAUUGGUUUCCGAUGUAGAACUUUUGUACGAAAAUCGAAAUUUGUUGUGGUAACCAUUGUAUGACUUGAUGGGCCGGGCAUCGGUAUGUGACUCCUGUGCAAGAAUACGUGCACCAACAACAUUCCGAUGCGAAUUGGUAUCUAGUAGCCAUCGAGUUACUCUUAAACUAAUAAGCCGCUUCGCUCGGAUAACGGAUGCGUGUAAUGAGAUAAGUAAAGAUCAUCGUGUAUUGUUUCUCGGUAUCUUUUUCAAUCCUGUCCUGCGCUGCAUAUUAAUUUCUAGCCCGUCAUAAAUAUUAAGGUUAGCUGAUGGUUUCCAUCUUAUGUGAAGUGGAAAUCAUUUGUAAUAAAUGCAUAUAUGACUAUGGCCGGUCAAUAAAACUGAAAUAAAUAGUUGUUGUUUGUGAAGCCAAGUUACUUUGCAGCAAUUUGGGAAGAAAACGCUUCGUGCAGUCGUAAAGAAACUACAAAAGAACCAACUAAACUUGAAUAAAUUGUAACAAAUUU